AAGGAAGAGUUAGUAAACGACAACACUUUAUUUUUCUGCGUGUCAGGUCAUAAAGUGUCGAAAGAAAGUUGUCAUUGAAAUUUUCACAAAUCGAGACAUCACCAAUAAAUAAAUUCUGAAAUAUGUUUCGCCUUUUUGUGAUAAUGACGAUGCUCUUUAUGACGAUUGACGCGCGAUUAAACAGGACUUCCUUGCACGAGAUGGAUGGAGAAUCUUCGAAAAAAGUUGGCACCAUCUUGCAAAAAGUUCCUUUGUUAGAUAGUAAUCUUCCUUCAGUACAUUUGAAAAAUUUCGGAAACAUACAUUACUAUGGCAACAUUGAAAUUGGGAAACCAGCUCAAGAAUUUAGAGUUGCAUUUAGUACUGAUUCCGCAUAUUCUUGGAUAUUUUCCAAAAAUUGUACACUCUCUUUUUGUUUACGACCUUAUAGAUAUAAUAGUAACAAUUCCUACACAUAUAUAUCACGUAAAACUAACAUUAAUUUAAAAUACUUGGAUUACAAAGUACAUGGUUUUCUAUCUACUGAUACAGUGAAUGUUGCCAAACUCAGUGUGGCGAAUCAAACAUUUGUAGAAGUGAUAAACGCAUCAAACAUAAAUAUAAUAUUUAAUUCAUAUGUAACUAUACUUGAUACACACAGAUUUGAUGGUAUGGUAGGCCUGAUACCAUCCAAUUUAUAUGGUGAUGCAGCAUCGAUGACGCCUAUUUUGGACAACAUGAUUCAACAAGGUCUAGUGUCAUCACGCAUUUUUAGUUUUUAUUUAAAUAGAAAAGCUAACUCAGCUAAUUUAGGUGGUAAAUUGACAUUCGGUGAUUCCGAUCCUGCUUAUUACGAAGGGAAUUUUACAUAUGUUCCUGUUAGUGUUAAAGGAAUGUGGGAUAUUACUAUAGAUAGUAUCGAAAUAAAUGAGAUUACUUGGUGCGAGAGAUUCUGCCUAGCUACCAUUGAUACAAGUAUUUGGAGAAUAAUUGGACCAGAAAAGGAUAUUUCACUUAUAAAUCAAUUUAUUAAAAUUAAUCCACGGGGAAGAGUGGACUGCAAUAGAAUUUCUCAAUUGCCUACAAUCAAGUUUAAUUUGGGUGGCAAGGCCUUCAAUCUUACCGGUAAAGAUUACAUCAUUCGGGAUCCAUAUAAUGAAAAUGUAUGUGUAAGCGUCUUCUGGAAACACAAGUAUCCAACAUAUAACGGUAAAAUUAAAUUAAUGAAGACAUGGGUUCUGGGUAUGCCAUUUAUAGGCCGCUACUACACCGAGUUUGACAUGGACAAAGAACGAGUGGGAUUUGCUUUAGCAAAAAAUGUGUAGAAUUCAUCAAAACCUAUAGAAAAUUUUUCAUUGCCUUCUUUUAUUGAACACUUUAUCAGUUUUCAAUAAUUUGCUCAAUUUUCUCCAGCAAAAGAAAUUUAAUUAUUUUUAAUCACCAACUGAUAAAGUUUGCGUAUUAUCAAUGUAAAUUUUUGCGUAAUAUAUACAUAGUUGUGCGUUAAUUUUUAACAGCAAUACUUUAUUUUGAAAGUAACAUGCUUAUUGCUAAUUAAAAAGUGCGAAUUUUUGGAAACAGUGUCAUUUGCUAAGUCCCUUGUUGCAUAGCCGUCUAGUCGAUUUAAUCAGUUUAUAUUUUCGAAAUGAUGAAUUCUCCUUCAUUAUCAUUCUUAAUAACGCACGUUUAAUAAUUUAUUUUAAUACAAUUUGGUUCAAUUAUAAAACAAAAUAUUUAAAUAAUAUAUUUUUAAAUUUGACUGAUCGAUAGGACGGAUCGAUAACAUGGAUUUGUUUCGAAUGCGCGCGAUUGUAUAUAUAACAGUCAUCAAAUGUCGAUAAAUGAUGGCUCUAGUAGUCGAAUACAAUUUCUUCUUUAUAUGUUGCAAUGUACAAAAUGAAAUUUACCAGAAAUUUUGGAAAUAUGUUCCGUUUUUUCGUAGCAGCAGUAUUGCUGAUCGACGCGAAAAUCCAAAGUUAAGUUUAUGCAUUGUAUCAUGUGUUUGCGUUACGUAUCGAUAUAAUAAAUGCUGAUUUUAUAAAAUCAAUCUCUCUCGUCGUGAUCACAUUCGAUUUUCUGGAAAUCCAAAACCUAUGUAAAUGUGAUUACAUUCAUAAAAUGCUGAUAAAUCCUAAAUAGAAAUUUAUUCAAU